CCGGCUGCGUGUGUUGAAGUUGCGAAGCAGAUUUCAAGAUCGUCAGUAAUAUACAACGGCAAAUCAUUUAUUAAACAUAUCAUCAGGAUGGCAACUGGCCUAGAAGGAAAGAGGCCAAAUAAAUAUGACGUCAAUGGAACACAGAGAAAACACCCCCUUACUGUGGAUGGAAUAUUGCUGGAUUGGCCACUGAAUGACCCUAAAGGAGGAGAGCAAUUUGUCCAAGAUGCAUUUCAGGUCAUUUUGGAUGAAGCCAUAAGAAAAGGGACAGAUGUCAAUGAACAGGUCUGUGAGUGGAAGGAACCUGAUGAACUGCGGGCACUUCUUGAUCUUGAUUUGGUCGAUGCCGGUGAGCCCAGUGAGAAACUGCUGGAGCGGUGCAGAGACGUCAUUCGAUACAGUGUCAAAACUAUUCACCCACGAUUCUACAACCAGCUAUUUGCAGGACUGGAUCAUCACUCCUUGGUUGGCCGUUAUAUCACAGAGACGCUGAACACAAGCCAGUACACCUAUGAGAUUGCGCCCGUUUUUGUGCUGAUGGAGGAAGUGGUAUUGAAAAAGCUUUGCGAGUUGAUUGGAUGGAAGAACUGUGAUGGACUAUUCUGCCCAGGAGGCUCCAUGUCCAAUAUGUAUGCUAUGAAUGUGGCUAGGUACAAGCUUUUCCCUGAAGUUAAAAAACAAGGCCUGUGGGAACUGCCACGAAUGGCGAUCUUUACCUCUGAAGAGAGCCAUUACUCUGUCACUAAAGGAGCUGCCUUCCAGGGUCUGGGCACAGACAGUGUGUAUGUAGUAAAAGCAGAUGAAAGAGGGAGGAUGAUUCCAAAAGAACUGGAAAGGCAAAUUUCCAUUGCAAAGUCCAAGGGUGCAGUUCCAUUCCUGGUGAAUGCUACAUCUGGAACAACUGUCUUUGGAGCAUUUGAUCCCCUGUGUGAAAUUGCAGAUGUCUGUGAAAAGCAAGGAAUCUGGCUUCACGUUGAUGCAGCCUGGGGUGGAAGUGCCUUACUUUCCAAGAAACACCGACACCUGCUAACUGGGAUUGAGAGGGCUGAUUCUGUUGCCUGGAACCCACACAAAAUGCUGCAGGCAGGGCUGCAGUGUUCCGCCUUUCUGCUCAAAGAUGACACUGGCCUCCUGAAGAGGUGUCACUUAGCCAAUGCAAGUUACCUCUUCCAGCCAGACAAGUUUUAUGAUAUCUCUUACGACACUGGUGACAAGUCUCUUCAGUGUGGUCGGAAGGUGGAUUGUUUCAAGCUGUGGCUGAUGUGGAAGGCUGUCGGUACUCGAGGGCUGGAGGAAAGGGUUGAUCGUGCCUUUGCCUGUGCCAGGUAUCUGGUCAAUGAGAUAAAAGAGAGAGCAGGUUUUCGACUACUUAUGGAGCCUCAGUUUGUUAAUGUCUGCUUCUGGUACAUCCCUCCCAGUCUGCAAGGGAAAGAAGACACUCCAGACUUCUGGAAAAACCUAGGAAAGGUGGCUCCAUUCAUAAAGGAACAGAUGGUUAAGCAAGGCACCAUGAUGGUCGGUUACCAGCCACAUGGAAGCAAUGUAAACUUCUUCAGGCAGGUCCUGGUCAGCCCACGAGUUAGCCUGGAUGACCUGGACUUCUUCAUGAAUGAAAUUGAGCGGCUGGGAAGUGACUUCCAGCCACAAUGAUGCUUUCCCAUUCAUUGUCUGAAGACUAGUCCAGAAGUUCAGAUUGAAUUUAAGUGACCUACUCUACCUGCUUGUUUAUUUUUGAAACACUUGAUUAGGCUGUUGAGUUUGAAAAAUGUUACAUUUUUGAAGGGCUUUUGCU